UUUCUGUGAAGUGCACGUCGUCAGCUGCGGAGCGAGGUCCACCGCUCAGUUUCUGUUAUUGAGAGGGAGGGACCUGACAGAAGUCACGUUGAAGCCACAAUAAGGACGGACCAUGUCUUUACACCGACGUCCUGCACUGUCCGUUUAGAUCAGCCGCUCGGCUGUGUACUGAUUGUUUAACGUUUCAUGUUGUUCUUCUAGUUACGUUUUCUCGGGUGUUAAUGAUGCUGUGAACGCGGAAGUUUUACCUCUGCACUCUCACAGGAAGCCUUGGCUGAUACGCGGAAUCUCUGCCUCUGUGAUGGAUCUUCAAGCCUGCCUCAAAACCUCAUUGAGGAACAAAUAUCAGAAACUGAAAGAUAAGCCAUUAUUUCCUCCACGACUUUGCUAUUUGGAGUUCAAGCAAGAAGAGGAAUUGUCAAAACUGAACCAGCACGAAUUUAGCUCUGUUGACAAAUCUGACCUUCAUCAGUGGGUUGUCUUCCCAACUGUCCCACUCACUCACAUUUUAUCAAGCGAGUACAAACAUGACAGCGGCAAAAAAACAGUCCUCACUGUAGGAGUGAGCGGAGUUGGAAAAAGUACAGCAGUGCAGAGUUGUGCUCUUAAGUGGGCCCAGGACAAAGACUACCACCACAUCAACCUCCUGUUUCCUCUCAAUUUCUGGGAGUUAAAUUUGCUGAAAAACAAACUGAGCCUAAUUGAGCUUCUCCAGACAUUUUAUCCAGAACUAAAACGGCACAAUACUUACAGCCUGAAUGGAAACCUGGUGUGGUUUGUCCUUGAUGGACUAGACGAGUAUAAGGUCCCACUAAAUUUCAGCUGUCCCACAGUGAUUGAUGUUUCGGAAGCAUCCACAGUAGAUAUCCUCUUGAUCAAUCUGAUCAGGGGAAAUUUACUUCCCAGUUGUCAUAUUUGGAUCACGACCAGAUAUUCAGCCGUAAGAAAAAUCCCUGAUCGGUAUUUGCUGAAAGAGACCAUGAUUCAAGGGUUUAGUGAUGAACAGAAGGAGCAGCUCUUCAGAGGAGUUAUUCUUAAUGAUGGCUUGGCAAGCAAAGCCAUCAACCACGUGAAAAUAUCAAGGAGCCUGGACUUUCUUUGUGAGAUACCUCCACUCUGUAACAUUAUGGCAAAUGUUUUGAAGAACCAUAUAAAACCAACUGACGGUUUUAAAAUAACUCCCUUGAGCCUAACACAGAUUUAUGCAAAUCUGGUGAGCACAUCAGACUUGGGUAUGAUUUCUAAGCUGAAAAAGCUGGCACUACAUCGGAUGACAGAGGGUAAUGUGAUGUAUGAGGAUGACCUUGUGGAGAGGGGCAUAAGCGUGAAGGAAGCAUCGAUUUUCUGCAAAGAAUGGCCACUUGUGCUGUGGCAGGAGACGGGGCUGCACAAAACCAAAGCGUUUCGCUUUGGUCACUUGAGCAUUCAGGAGUUCUUGGCCGCGUCCGCUAAACUGGACGAGAUCGAAGGCGUGGAGAUUUCCUCUCGGUCUGGUUGUUGUAAACAUCUAGUGGAGCAGGCGAUGCUGAAUGAGGAGGGGAAGUCCGACGUCUUCCUGCGUUUCAUCUUCGGCCUCAUUAAGGAGCGUCAUCUGUUGGAGCCCACUGAUGAGCUCUUUGUCUACACCAAGAAAAAGAUCCUGGAGCACAUUUUGUCUUACAAAGCUGUCCGUCUCUUUCACUGUCUGAGGGAGUUUGACAGCCAGGCUUUACUGGAGGAUGUCAGGUUUUUUAUGAAGUACGGCUCUUCUCCGAUUCCUGAAUUCACAUCCUUACAUUGGAAUUUCAUGAUCCAAAGAGCCAGAACUUUUGAAGGGGUUCAAGACCAUUUUGAAAUGCCUUUGUCAAUGAGAUGUGACGAGAACCUGCUCAGGUACCUGCCAGCUAUCCAGAAAUCAAGGAAAGCCAUGCUGCGAUUCUCUAACCUGACAGAUGCAAGCUGUCCAGCCUUGGCAGCUAUCUUGGGAAAAAGCGAGUCAUACCUGAGAGAGCUGGAUCUGGGGUACAACACCAUCACUGACGAUGGAGUCUGGGAACUUACGGAGGAGCUGAAAAAUAAAAACUGCAAGCUGAAAACCCUCAGAUUGCAAAGCUGUGGGUUGGACCCACAAGCUUGUAAAUAUCUGGUUGCGGCCCUGACAAAGUCUCCGAAACUGAAAGAGUUGGAUCUCAGCAAGAACAAUAUAGGAAAUGACGGACUGUGGCAUCUGUCGUGCGGUUUGCGAGUCCCUGAAUGCAAAUUAGAAACACUGAGACUUUCACAGUGCAACAUUGAGAAGACAGGCUGCAGUCAUCUGGCCUUAUCCCUGCAGGACAACCCGAGCCAUCUCAAAGUGUUGGACCUGAGCAUCAACCCGGUCGGAGACGGCGGGGCCAGGGAGCUCUUUGAAUGUUUUGACAUAUCGCAACUAACGAAGCUGGAGAUGUACCACUGCAGUCUCACUGGGUUAAGCUGUAAGCCUAUCGGGGAAGCUCUGAAGUCUGAAACUAGCACUCUGAUAGAGCUCAACCUGAGCAACAACGAUUUGAAAGAUGAAGGAUUUAUAGCCCUCUGCAUGUGCAUGUAUGCAUGGUGUAGACUGGAAAAACUCAAUGUUUCAAGAUGUGGGAUCACUCAAGUGAGCUGCACGUAUCUAGCCAAGGUCCUGUGUUCAGUUUCGCAGCUCUACAGUGGGUUGUUGAAAAGGACGGACUGGCAGGCGGUUGGGCUGACAGACCUCGACCUCAGCAUGAACCUCCUCGGAGACGCAGGAGUCAAAGAAAUUUCAGCUGGCCUGAAGAAUCCCUACAGCCACCUGAAAACUCUCAACCUGAGUCACUGUGGCCUGACUGACUCUUGCUGUGCAGAGCUCGCAUCAGGACUAGGGUCCGACGAGAGCACUGUCACCGAGCUGGACUUGUCCGGCAACCAGCUUCGAGAUAAGGGGGUAAAGAAACUGUGCAUCGGACUCAACAGCCCGGAUUGUAAACUUGAGAAGCUGUCACUGAGGAGCUGUGAUCUGACCUCAAAGAGCAUCCACUUCCUGAUUUCUGUGCAUAAAUCAAAGCCCCAGUCUCUGACGGAGCUGCAUCUGAUGGGCAACAAACUGGAAGACUCUGAUAUCAGAGUGCUGACGGAGCUAACAAAGAACACGAAAUAUUCACUCCAAAUAAUAGACGUCUCUGCAGAUUGAAGAACAUCGAUGCAAACUGCCCACACCAGCUCAUACACACAGUCCACAGUGCUUCUGAGCAACAGACUGUUUUUGUACAGUGUGAAUACAGAUUCACAAAGGAAAUGAAAGUAUUUUGUUAUUAGGAUGUUUUUUUUGUCGUUAUUAUUUUUGAUUAAGUGAUGUACACUAAUCAGGUAUAACAUUAUGACCAACUUCCUAAUAUUGUGCAGGUCUCCCUUGUGUCUUCAAAACAGUAAAGGCUGUAGAGAAUGGGCCUGAGUCUUCUGAGGGUGUCUGACAACAGAAUGUUGUGAGUGGGGGCUUUUGGGUCCUAUGGGACGAGGGGAGGUUCCUAAAUUGUUCUUUGUGUCAGGCUGCAUCCUGCCGGGGAUGGCUGCUGCAUCAAGGAGUCUCAUUGCUAUGGGGUGGGGGUUCCUGGUCUGGUCUAGGUCCAAAAAUUGCUUAGCAGAACACUGUAUUGUCACAAGAUGGUCAAUAUUGUUUACUUCUCCUGCCAGCGGUUUCAAUGUUAUCUCUGAUAUGUGUAUACCCAAAAACAUAGCUAUUACCACUUAUGUGUUUUCAUGUGAAUGAAAUGAUUGCGGGUUUGAAGUCCAGAAAUGUUUUUGCCUCACUGAAAGUCACUGGCCAUUAACUCCCAUCCAAACAGUAUUCUGUGUUAUGUAUUGUACUGGUGAAUGUGAUGCAUCAAUCAACGUGCCCACACAAUAAAUGCAGCUCUUUUUAUUUUUGCACAAA